AGGGAGUACCAAAGAAUAUCGUGCUGAAUCUCGUCUGCACGCGCCGCCCACUAGCUUCAGCAUCCACAGACAAGAACAGUGGAGGAAACAAUAAAGAAAGAACUGAGAGCAUGGCGAGCUCCCACUGCUUUGAGAACCCGCCGGCGCUGAACUCGGCCGGCGGACUCGGUGAGGUCGUCGACGACUUCGGCGGGCAGAAGGCCUACAUCGCCGGCUCCGCCGGAUCGAAGGCCGCCGUCGUCCUCAUCUCUGACGCCUUCGGGUUUGAAGCGCCAAACCUGAGGAAGAUAGCCGACAAAGUUGCUUCAUCUGGUUACUUCGUUGUGGUGCCAGAUUUCCUGCAUGGGGAUCCAUAUGACCCCAGCAAUCCCAAUAACCCUGGAAUGUGGUUGCAAUCACAUAAUCCGCAAAAAGCAUUUGAAGAGGCAAAACCAGUAAUUGCUGCUAUAAAGGAGAAGGGAGUGUCGAAAAUUGGGGCUGCUGGCUAUUGUUGGGGUGCAAAGGUGGUUGUGGAGCUGGCGAAAGUUCAUGAGAUCCGAGCUGCUGUAUUGUUACAUCCUUCUUUACUAACUGUUGAUGACAUCGAAGAGGUCAAAUGUCCCAUUUCUGUACUUGGAGCUGAAAUCGACAAAUCAUCACCGCCUGAAUUGUUAAAGCAGUUUGAGCAGGUUCUUUCAGCUAACUCUGGGAUCGAUCACAUUGUCAAGAUUUUUCCUGGAGUAACGCAUGGAUGGGCUGUGAGAUACAGUGAAGAAGACGCAGCUGCAGUCGCAAGUGCGGAGGAAGCUCUGCAAGACAUGAGCCACUGGUUUAAUAAGUACCUAAACUGAAAUCUGAAGUGAUCAUUAGGACCUGCGUUUUCGGUUGAGUAGGUGGCAUUGUUUCUAUACUUGAGCUUCUGCUUGUGUAUGCGUACUAGCCAUGUAAUUAUCAGUCCACCUGUUUGUCAUACAUAUCCUGGUAUUUGUUAUUUUUGUUUUGCUGCCAUUGAAUUAAGAACUGCGUCUUCAGUUGAGUUUGUGUCCUUGUGUCAAUACUUCAGGUUGUGCCUUCGUGUACGUAUGAUAUGUUGUAUAUCCCAGUUUACCUGCCUGUGGUAGUACUUCUGUUACUUGUGUGCUGGGAAGUGGGAACCUGUCUUGUGGUCUU